GUCCUCGCAGUCGUUCGUUGACAGUUUACGUUGUCGCGGGUGUUGUGUGUAUUCUCUUUGGUUGCGCUGGGGGCACUUUUGCUAGAUCUUGAAUGUGUAGUCUUAACGCCGUAGUAAUCAUUAAACAAAUAUUAGCAUUUAAUUAAAACGAUGGAGAGCGAAAUUAAUCCGUAGGCAAAUUACGAAAAUCCGCUUGCGGUGGAGUACAAAGCGUAGAAUUUCUCUGGUGAUUUUCCGUCCAUCGUGAGCCCCGGACCGCGUUCCGUGCUUGUGCCGUGCCUCCGUGAGGUUUCUCCUUGUACACAAAAGCCGUGUCGUGGUUUCUUGGUUUGUGCCGCGGCCAGCGCGCCGUAUUUUGGUGUCUUGUUUGUGUUUUUAUUUUUGGUUAUGUUUAUCUUGUUAGACGCGUACACGCAGCUUCGAAUUCGGCAUUCAGACGCGACUGCGGACAGAAUAAAUAAAUUCCGAGCAAAAAUAAAUCAUGCCUUCUACAAAUAAAGUUUAGUGCUGGUGGAAACUCCUGUAUUUCGUGGAACGUUCGCAGCGAACGGUGGGGUCCUGGGUCUGUGAACGAGACUUCCAGAUUUUCGGUAUUUUGCGUGGAAGCUAUUCGUGCACCCGCCGACCGUGCCUGUUAUCAAAUCGCGGACUGGAGUGCGGAGGAAUUUAUUGUUUAUCCGAGUAAUGUGAUGCGGUGUAAUGUCGAUGGUCAUCCUUGCAGAAGCGUGUAGUUAAGCGGCAGAAGGAUUUUGCGACUCGAAGGAUCAGUUGAAGCGAACGAACCCACGGAUGAGCCUCCGUUGACUGCGAAAUGGCCCAAGAGGCUCUCUGUAUGGAUUUUUCAAGUACCACGAACAUCUGCAGGCGAAUUGUGCACUUAUUCCUUCUGUCGUUGGCGAUAAGUGGCGCCCUCACCAUCAAUGUCCCCACAACACUGCUUUUCAACACCUACCAUGACAUCCAAGUGGCCAACAUAACGCGUGUAGGCGGCUCACCUAAUUUACGUGUUCUCACCAAGGGAUUGCAGGAAGCUAUGGCCAUCGACUUCUAUUAUCAGAAACAGUUGGUGUGCUGGGCAGACUUUGGUCUGGGAUCAUUGGAUUGUAUAAAAGUGAAUGCAACGUAUACAGGUCCAAAACAAAAUGUGAUAUCUUCGGGUGUCGAAAAAUCCGAAGGAUUAGCUAUAGAUUGGUAUACAGAUAAGAUAUAUUGGACAGAUGGCGAAACAAAUCGGAUAGAAGUGGCCACGCUGAAUGGACAAUAUCAAAAAGUCCUGUUUUGGACUGAUUUAGAUCAGCCGCGUGCGAUAGCGCUGGUUCCAUCCAAAGGUGUGAUGAUAUGGACAGAUUGGGGAGAGAAUCCGAAAAUUGAGAGAGCUGGAAUGGACGGAGACCCAAAGUCAAGAGCUGUCAUUGUAAAUGAAACGAUAUUCUGGCCAAAUGGAUUAGCUGUAGAUUUGGACAAUGAAGAAAUUUAUUGGGUGGAUGGAAGAUUGCAAUUUCUAGACGUAAUGAAGUUAGACGGUAGCAAUAGAAGGACAGUAGUUGCAAAUCUCGAAUAUCCCUACAGUGUAACAUUCUUCCAAAAGCGCUUAUAUUGGACGGAUUGGUUGAAAGGAACUAUCAACAGUUACAAUAUCAUGACAGGCGAGAAAAGCAAAAACUUAGGUCCACUAGAAGCUCCUAUUACAGUUCACGUCUGGGACGCAUCGCUCCAACCAUUCCAAGAUAAUCCGUGUCAUAGGAACAACGGAAAUUGUUCCCAUUUAUGCCUGCUCUCUAUGAAUGCAAAGGGCUACAGUUGUGCAUGUCCAACAGGGGUAAAGUUACUGACUGAAACGAAAUGUGCCGAUGGACCACAGGAAAUGCUCUUAGUGCAACGAACUCAAAUCAGCAAAAUCUCACUAGACUCCCCAGACUUCACAAGUUUUCCUCUGCCACUAGGCAAAAUGAAAUAUGCGAUAGCGAUUGACUAUGAUCCUGUUGAAGAAUUCAUUUACUGGUCCGAUGAAGAUGCUCAUGCAAUCCAACGAGCGAGACAGAAUGGAUCCGGCCUGAAGGAUAUCGUAACCUCAGAAGUGGAAAACCCUCAUGGAUUGGCUGUAGACUGGCUUGCAAGAAACUUGUACUGGACAGAUGCAGGAACGGACAGAAUAGAAGUUUGUCGAUUAGAUGGAUCUUCAAGAAAAGUCUUGGUUCAUUUACAUCUUGAGCAGCCAAGGGCUAUAGCGUUGGCUUCGUCACUUGGUUGGAUGUUUUGGAGUGAUUGGAAUGAGAAGAAACCGAAAGUAGAACGGUCGUCUUUGGAUGGAUCGGAAAGAGUUGUUUUAGUGUCAGACAAUCUAGGUUGGCCAAACGGAAUUGCUGUUGACAUUGACGCCAGAACUAUUUAUUGGUGUGACGCGAAGACAGACAAAAUUGAAGUUGCAAAUAUGGAUGGCUCUAAUCGAAGGGUUGUGAUAAGUGAAAAUCUACCUCAUGUGUUCGGAUUGAGCUUGCUAGGGAACUAUUUGUAUUGGACCGAUUGGCAACGACGCUCCAUUGAUAGAGCUCACAAAUUAACAGGAAACGAUCGUAUAGUGGUAGUUGAUCAAUUUCCUGACUUAAUGGGAAUCAAAGUUGCUCGAUUGGGAGAAAUAAAAGGGACGAAUCCUUGCGUUCGAAAUAAUGGUGGUUGCUCACAUUUGUGUUUGAAUCGACCAAAAGAUUACGUAUGUCGCUGCCCCAUUGACUACGAGCUUGCCAAUGAUAAAAGGACCUGCUUAAUUCCUGAAGCAUUUUUACUAUUUUCUCGUCAAGAAAGUAUUGGACGUAUCUCAAUUGACAACAAUGAUGGAAAUCAUAAUGACGUGAUUAUCCCUUUCAAAGACAUACGGGAGGCACAUAGUAUAGAUGUAGACAUUUCAGAUCGUCGAGUCUAUUGGACUGAUCAAAAAUCAAAAUGCAUUUCUAGAGCUUUCUUGAAUGGUUCAGAUAUCCAAAAAAUUGUUGACACUGGAUUGAUCAGUCCUGAAGGUGUUGCUGUUGACUGGUUGGCACAAAAUAUAUUUUGGACCGAUUCGGCAGCGGGAAGAAUUGAAGUGGCUCGUUUAGAUGGAACCAGCCGGAGAGUGUUGCUCUGGAAAGGAAUUGGGGAACCGCGAAGUUUAGUACUGGAACCGAAAAGAGGUUUCAUGUAUUGGACAGAAUCUCCCUCGGAUUCUAUAAGGAGGGCAGCAAUGGAUGGCACGGAUCUUACAACAGUCAUUCCAGAAGCGAACCAUGCGACAGGCCUUACGAUAGAUAUUGAAACUCGUCGUUUAUACUGGACAUCGCAGAGUCUACCAAGUGCUAUAAAAUCUGCGGAUUGGAAUGGCGAAAAUCCUCAAACCCUAGUAAAUACUGAAUAUGAUAACCCUUACGCUAUAACUUUAUACAACGAUUUUGUUUAUUGGAAUGAUUGGACUACUGGAAACAUCGAACGUGCUCACAAGAGAACUGGCAUGAAUGUCAGUACGGUACACAAAGAGCUUCCGUACAUUAGCUCAAUGCUCAUCUUCCAUUCAUCACGUCAGACUGGAACUAAUUCUUGUCGCAUAAAAAAUGGAGGAUGCUCACAUCUUUGUCUUACGAUAAAUGGACGGAAAUCCUGCUCCUGCCCAUCACAUUAUACUCUGGCUAAAGAUGAAAUGUCAUGCAUUCCCCCUAAAAAUUACAUAAUAUUCAGUCAGAGAACCUCAUUUGGACGAUUAAUGCCGAAUACCACUGAUGCACCGGAUGUACCUUUGCCUGUUUCAAGCAAACACAUUAGAGCCGUAGAAUAUGAUCCGAUGUCUCAUUAUCUAUACUGGAUUGAAGGUCGAGGACAGAAAAUUCUAAGGUCUCUUGAUAGUGGUACACCACCAUCAGUAUUUGUAGGUGCUGGCUCCCAGCCGUUUGAUAUUGCUAUUGAUGUUAUUGGAAGGUUGCUAUUUUGGACAUGUGCUCAUACAAAUACAAUUAACGUAACGAGUCUUGAUGGUUACGCAAUUGGAGUCAUCGAUACCGGAGAAUCAGCAAAACCUCGAAAUAUAGCUGUUCAUUCCAUGAAGCGCCUCCUUUUCUGGACGGAUGUAGGCAGUCAGCAAGCAAUUAUUCGUGCUCGUGUGGAUGGGUCGGAGCGUAUUGUUUUAGCAAGUAAGCUUGAAGGUGUGACAGCUUUGGCGAUCGAUCCCUACUUGGACUUAGUAUUUUAUGCGCAUGGGAAACGUAUUGAUUCGAUGGAUUUAAAUGGAAACCACAGAAAAAUUAUUGUCUCAACGGACAUAAGUCAGGUCAUAUCGAUUGCUGCUCUUCAAGGAUAUGUGUAUUGGCUAGACGAUAAAACAGGUGUUGAGCGGGUCACAAUUAAUGGUGAUGACCGGCAUCGUGAAAUUCAGAGGCUCAAUCAAAUAACAGAUAUUGUGGCUGUGAGAACUCUAGACCCAAAAAUCUUGAAAAAUCACACCUGCCUUCAGACCAAAGUAAAAUGUUCUCACAUUUGCAUCGCUUCAGCUGAUGCUCGUAGUGGAGACAUAUGUUCCUGUCCUCAAGGAUUAAUGCUACUCGAUGAUAAACAAAAAUGCGAAGCUCUUCCAGCAUGUGGACCGGAUCACUUCACCUGUGCCUCACCUGUUUCAGGUAAUGGAGUUAACACGGAUUUGAAUAGGGAUUGUAUACCGGUGUCAUGGAGAUGUGAUGGGCAAAACGAUUGCCCUGAUAAGUCGGACGAACUAGGAUGUCCGUCUUGUCGACCUGAUCAGUUCAAAUGUCAGUCGGGCGAAUGCAUAGAUAAAAAUUUAGUUUGUGAUGGAACUACUCACUGUGCCAAUGGACAUGAUGAAGCCGAUUGUUGUAAAGACUUCCAGUGUCCCUCGAAUAAGGUUUGUAUUUCGCCAACAUUAGUGUGCGAUGGAUGGGAUCAUUGUGCGGAUGGGGCAGAUGAAAGUCCUGAACUUUGCAAGGAAACGGAGCCAAGACGAGUUGCUCCUGCAUCUGAUAAGAAAGUUUUCAUAAUUGUUAUUAUUGCGACGAAGAUAAUAAUUUUUACUUUAGCGUACUUGCUGCAAACUUGCCGAAACCGAUACGGAAAAAAUCAAAGUGAACCCAAAGACGACCAAGCAGCUGAUCCUUUGUCACCUACUCUCGGGAAAAACAGUCGUGUUUCCAAAAUUGCAUCAGUAGCAGAUGCUAUGAAAAUGUCUACUCUGAAUACUCGAAGCAGCAUGACCAGCUACGAUCGGAAUCAUAUCACUGGGGCUUCAAGUUCCACAACGAAUGGUAGCAGUAUGGCUGGAUAUCCACUGAAUCCACCCCCAAGUCCUGCAACAAGAAGUCGCCGUCCAUAUCGCCACUAUAAGAUAAUAAAUCAGCCUCCGCCACCAACUCCUUGUUCCACAGAUGUCUGUGAUGAAAGUGAUUCUAAUUACACAAGUAAAAGCAAUGGAAACGGUACCAAUAAAUCGCAUCAAUAUCAUUACGAUAGCGAACCGUAUCCUCCACCGCCGACACCCCGUUCACACUAUCAUAGUGACGUUCGGAUCUUACCAGAGGGUUGCCCACCUUCGCCGAGCUCAAGGAGCUCUACAUAUUUCUCACCAGUGCCACCACCCCCGUCACCGGUUCAGUCACCAACGCGAGGGUAUUCAUAGCAAAUACUAAAUAUUAUUCAUUCUUUACUGUCGCCUUAUUUUCCUUUUAAGAAUUUAGAUGAUAGUAUUUAGGCUAAAUGAAUUCUAAUUGGACUUAGUGUAAAGUUAUUUAAUACAAACCUGAUGUUAGCUUUGGCCACGGCAACAGAACACAGUAAAUCUCGUCAGUUCAACAUUUAGACAACCUUGGCAGACACGCAAAGGGAAUUGUAAUUACCAACUACCAAUGUGUAUUAUUUCAUCCAAAAAUAUAUUUUUAAAACGAACACUACUUCAAAUAGCUCUAACAGUUAAAGUAUGCAUUACUAGUUGAACUCCUUUCUCCUUAGGACAGACCCUGAGAUGUUCUCUUACUUCCCGCCAAAGCUGACCUAAUAGAUCAUAAUGCGAGUGCUUAAUAACGAAUUUGAAAACUCUGGUGAUUUUAUUGUUAAUUUUGAUUGCAAUAUAUUAUUUUUAUAACAAACACGAAAUCCACAAGGACACGAACGCAAUGUAAGAGAAUUAUUACCGAAAAAUUAAAAAGAUUAAGUAUCGCCCAAGUGCCUAACACAUAUGAAAUUGUUAGUUAUGGAGAAAGCAUUUUAUUUUUACCUUUUUUUGUUAUGAAAAUUGAAAAAAUUUAUUAAUUCUCAACAACUAAAUGUAUAUUUUCAAGACAUACAGCGACAAAGUGAGACCCAGAUUUUCCACACUGUCGUCGUGAAUGUCACGAUUCUAAAACGAAUUAAUGUUGACUCUAUUUGAUUCAGUAGCGUCAUAUCAACAACGAUUGACAUAUUUUGCUUAAAGGAAAUAGUGAAAUAUAAAUUACAAGUAGUAAUUCGUUGAAUAAUAUCAUCUUGCCCGUAAAAGAUGUACGUAAAGAACUGAUUUGUAAAUUAUAGUAGACAUAUUACAGUAGCAGAUAAACAUCAGAAAUUUUUUAAUCGCCGGAAACUAUAAAUAUUUAGAUAAUAGCAUUGUUUGUACAUAAAAUAGGUAUUAAAGUCGAAAAUUGAAUAUUUUAUAAAACAAA